GAGAGAGAGAAGGGGGGGGCAGUCGAGAGCUGCAGCGAGAGGGAAAAUCCACUAAUCCCCCCACCCCAGCUCUCUCCAAAAUCCGCCAUUCCCCUCCGCCGCAAACACGCGCCGAAGCUCGCGGCGAGUGCCGCCGCCCCGCACUCGGCCGCGGGGCCUCCGCCCCCUUCGAUCUGGAGCCGGCGACCGCGAUCUCGCCGCGGGUCCCCGCGGCCGCCGUGAAUUGGGUUUGCGUUGGCGUUACUGGUGGGCGGCGGGGGCGUUUUGAUCCAGUAGCUUCCGGGUUGAGUCGAUGGCGGGGAGAGAGCAGGGGGGCGGGGGGCCGCCGCAGCGGCCUCCCGUGCCCGCUGCGUCCACCCAGCCGCCGAUUAAGAAGCUGGUGAGGCAGCUCGACUUCAACUCGGCGGCGUUGGCGGGGAACCCCGCGAUGGCGGCGGCCGCCGCCGCCGUGUCCAGGGCGCUGCAGCCGAGGUCGUUGCCGGUGGGGUUGCAGCAACCCCCGCAGCACGCGAGGGCUGCCGUGCCGAUGGGGGUGCCGCAGCAGCUGCACCCGCGGCUGCUGCCGGUGAUGCGCCCGCAUCAUGUGGUGGGGCAUGUGCCGCUGCCGCGCCACGCGGUGCCGGUGGCGGUACCCGUACCGCAGCUUCGCCCGGUGCCGCCGCAGCCAGUGCAGCGGCCCCCGGUCGCCGUUCCCUUGAAGCCAGAGUCACCAAAACCACGGCCAAGACUCUAUGAAGGGAAAGAUGCCACUCCCACAAAGAAGAAGUGCUGCAACUGCAGGAACUCCAGAUGUUUGAAGUUGUACUGUGAAUGCUUUGCUUCUGGUGCUCACUGUGAUGGAUGCAACUGCACCAACUGUUUUAACAAUUCUGAGAAUGAAGCUGCCAGGCGUGAAGCUAUUGAUGCUACAUUGGAGCGUAAUCCAGAUGCAUUCCGGCCUAAGAUUGGGAGCAGCCCACAUGCGAAUAGGAAUAAUGAGGUGUCUAGUGAUCUCCCUUUAAUAGGGAAGCAUAAUAAAGGGUGCCACUGCAAGAAGUCAGGAUGCCUGAAGAAGUACUGCGAGUGCUUCCAAGCUAAUAUACUAUGCUCCGAAAAUUGCAAGUGUAUGGAUUGCAAGAAUUUUGAAGCGAGUGACGAAAGAAGAGCUCUUUUCCAAGGGGAUCACAAAAAUUCCAUUAACAUGCAGCAAGUGACAAAUGCAGCAGUAAAUGGUGCUAUUGGAGCUACAGGAUUUCCUUCUCCUUCCACAUCAAGGAAGAGGAAGCACAUUGAUCCUUCACUUGACCAUUCAAAUAAGGAACAUGUGGCGCAAAGGAAUAGUCACCUGCCUCAGAAGAAUGCAGUACCCGAUGGUUCAAUUCCAAUAAGCCAGUCUGCGCAUCCUCCCACUCUGGGGCCCUUUAAAGUUAGCUACAGGCCCCUUUUAGCAGACAUUGUCCAAACAGAGGACAUAAAGGACCUUUGUAAGCUUCUGGUGGUGGUGUCAGGAGAGGCUGCAAAAGCAUAUGCUGGCAGGAAGACACAGGAAGAGAGGGUUCCAGAGAAAGAAGAUGAAAGGGGGGGACAGAAGGAAGAUGAAAAGGCAGGUUCCCUAGGAUCGACAAACCAUGAUAGAGAAGGAAAUAAUCAAGAUCCAGAUCACAAAGCAUCAAUUGAUGACCAUUCAAGCAGGGGAACUCAUACGGGCAAAGCUGUUUUAGAAGAAUCCAGACCUAACUGCACUGAUGAUCACAAGUCCAAUAGGCCUAUGUCUCCUGGAACACUAGCACUGAUGUGUGAUGAACAAGAUACAAUGUUUACGACUUCUCAAAAUGCUAUUGCUCAGCAGACAGUAGCUGUCAACCAGAACCAAUCUGAACUGUAUGCAGAACAAGAAAGGGUUGUGCUGACAGAAUUCCGUGAUUGUCUCCGUAAGCUUGUGACAUUUGGAAGAAUGAAAGAGGAAAGGUACUCCAUGGCGAUCAAAUCUGAAACAUCUGGCCACCCUGGACAGGUAAAUGGUGUUUCUCGAGUACCGUAUCCAAAAGUAGAUGCACCUGCUGUUGUAAAAACAUCUCUACAGGGUUCCAGCAGUCAUCCUGUUGCUGGAAAACCUGUUACUGGGCAUUUGGACAAAAAUUGAAGCCUGAGAACACAUAGGUGUCCCAGGUUUGUAUUUGGGGUGCAGCAAUGAUCAAGAGCAUCAUAUGUCUGCACCCUCUUAACAGGUUGAUUUGAUACAUGUAUCAGUCUUGAUCGAUAAUUUAGAAGCUUAGGGGAUUCUGGUUUAUUAUCAUCGGUCAGAAUAAGUGUAAUGCUGGCAUCUGAAUAGUUUAGUCAUAAAUGCUUUUGACAUUUUCAUCUCUA